AUGCAGCUUUUGCCACCCUCUGUCUGCAGUGUAUUGUGUACUGUAUGGAUUGGGCCACUAGAGGGCACCAAAUAUUGUGUAAAAAAGCAAAGAGGUGACUUUCCAGAUCCAAACAUUAAAUAUCUGUUAUUUUAAAAUUUGCCCUGUUGUGUGAAUGUGUGUGUGACUGUAUACCCAGAUAUAGAGUAGCACAGAAUGCUUAUCUCUUUAGUGCCAGAUGCAGUCCUCCAGGUGGACGGUUGUUUCCGGUUGAGAGUAUGCUGUGUGCGAUUGGCUGCCGCUUCUCACCAGUGUGUGUAGAAUAUGCCUGGAAAAAUUUAUCGAGGUCCCGGUCUCGUCCACUGUGUCUGAGUCCUCCUCACCUUGAGAUCAAGAAAAGGCCAAUUCCAAACAAGGUCAAGUCCAAGACGAGACAGAGACCGCCUGUUUUUGGGUUCGAGAUCGGUCUCGAGUACUACAACAGUACCAGAGCUACUGCAAACAUGGAAAUAUCAGAACAGCAAACCCGGUCAACUCAUAUAAACAUCGUUAAACAAAAAAUGAAACACAGAAUUAGAAAUGACAAGAGAUGACAAGAUAAAAGAGUGCAACAGAGUCUUUGUUAACAUUUUCACAUUUAUUUACUCUGAAAGGGAUUGCACCACAAUGCAUGUUUUGAAAGUACUUUUUAGUGUGCUCUAUGUAAUUACACUUUCUCACCAGAAACUUACUGUCAUGUUAAUUACUUUAAGUAAAUCCACUUUACUUAAAAAAGUUUUCAGGCAACUGCUUUCCUCAAAUUAUUUAGGUCAAUUUAAUGUAUCUAAGAUUACAGUAUGUUCACUAUGGUGUGUUUUAUUUUUAUAACAUUUACAAUAUUCUAUUAAAAAAAAAAAUUAUCUCACUGCCUUAAAAUCAAGACCUAUUACUUCUUAACAUUUUUCAUUCUGAUGGACAAGUGUUCACUGCUUUAAUCCACAUUUAUCCCCUGUGAGUUUCUGUGCAGUCUCAGAGGUGAGGCAGUGUCUAUUACCUUCAAUGUGUUACGUUUUCAUGAAAGCGCUCUGGGAACUAUUACAGCUCCAGGCAUCACUAGAUAAUGGUCCAGCCCCCAUGAAUAUUAGAUAUGCUUCCUCCUUUGCCAUAAAAAACGACAGCGUCAUUAGAAAUGUGUACAGAAAACCGAUACAUUCAGGUUCUGGACUAUGUGCUUUAUCUUUUAUCCAUGUCAAGCCUGUGUGUGUAUGUGUGUGUAUAUGAUUGUGUGUGUAUGUCCUGUGGAAGAUAAUGCUCAUGUAAGUAUUUGCAGUAGCAGAGGGCUGUUCCCUACAGCUCCCCGGUCCUGAAAUCAGUGAGUGUGUGCUCUCUGGUGCAGACAUGGCCGGGGAUAUUGUAGUAGGGAUGCUCUACAACUUACUACUCCCACUUAUUCUACUAACUGGUGAGUAAAAAAUCAAGAUUCUAUUAUUUCUUCUUGCUGUUUUUUUUUAAUGUAUGAGAAUUUAGAAGAAGAUCAACUGAAGCUUCAGUUAAAGGUGGCAAUGUUUUGGCUGAUGGCCGUAUUGUGAGCAGUAAAAAAUAUUGCAGAAAAGGUUUAGACCCUUGUUGACAUUUACUAUUACUAUAAAACUAUAUUAAAGCCAUAGUAAUGUAAAUUCACAAUUAUGAACAUGUAAAGAUUUUUGAACAGAAUGAUGUUUUAAACAAUAAUUUAAUUGUAUAGUUGUUCAUACCUGACAGACUUAUAGUUAUAUUCAGGAGUUAUAUUAAUUUUGUACUUACAAGUCACUUUUUACACAAUAUAUACCAGUAGUCUCAUAUCCUCUGUAAAUGCUUCAUAGUUUAUUAUGUGAUGAAUUGUGAUGAUUUGGUCAAAAACAAAAUCUGAAAUAUUUCCAAACCACUUCCAUAUUAAUAAUGCAUAUGUACACAGUGUUACUUCUCAUUUCAUUCACUCACUUUCUACAGUACCUGUGUUGUAGCCGACUAUACGGUAUACAGUAAUAGACGUCCUUAAUUCAGUACAAUGACAUAAAUUGAAAGUUCUUAAGUUCUCAAGCUGGAUUUUGUGUUUCCACAGCAAUAGCGUUUCGCUACAAUGGGCUCUCUGUGGUGUAUCUUAUGUUUCUGCUUGCAUUACCUCUGCUGCCCAGUCCGACUCUGACCACCAUGAAGGGAAACACAGGCAAGUUCCUCCUGAUUGUUUGCUCCACGGGUAUAACAUUCUUGGCCUUACAGUGUGGGAUACAGAUCACUUUCGCGUACGUCCCCAAAGAGAUGAGUGGACAAUGGGAGAAUUUUCUCUAUCAUCUUGGUAUUGUAAGGUUUAGUGAUGUGGAUGCUGGGAAUAUAUUUCGCCUCCUGCUGCCAGAUUUUGGUCUGUUCGUGUUUGCGCUUUUCAUCCGGCGUUUGUUUGCCAAGCUGUUGCGGCCACCUCCUAUUAAAGAACAGGAGCAGACCCUUCAGCUCUCCGACACUGAGGAUGGUGAAACAUCUGAUUCAGAGUACGAGGACGAGAGUGAGGAAUCCUUUUCUGAUACUACUGAGGAGAGCAAAGCACCAGCAACAGGUCCUCCACAGUUUGUGCAGAAGCUAAUUGUUUUUGCAGCUGGUUUAAGACUUCUCCUCUCUACUGUAAUGAACACUGCUGGAAAAGUAGUGGUGACCAUACUACUGGGGCUGGCAGGAAUAGCUCUACCCUCCUUGACCUCAGCAUUGUAUUUCGGGGCGUUCCUGAGCCUCGUGUGGUGCUGGGUGUUGGGUCACUCUAUUGAUCUACUACUUUUCAGCACCCUGUGUCUUAUGAUGACUAUAUUCAGUGGUGGACACAUCAUAGUCCUCUACCUCUAUCAGCUGCCUCUGUUCCAGCAACUGGUUCCUCCUCAGGACAUUUAUGCCAGGCUCUUUGGUAUGACUGCAUUCAUCCACACAAAUGCCUCAGAGCCGCACAGCCUUGGCCUGCAGGCAGACGUGAGCUGGCCUAUGAUAGUCAACCCUCUGAUGUUGCUGGUGCUCUACUACACACUGGUGGCUCUUCUUCAAAAAUGGGCUCCUGCAGUAGAAGAGGAUGUCCUAGGAGAUGCUAAGAGUCUUGCAGGAGAAUCUAACAUCCCACCCAGUUUCUCAAAGAUUGUGGAUGGUGAUGUCUUCACACCUAGAAGGACAGAGCCUAUUGUUUUGAUGAUGAACAACACAUGGCAUGACCACAAUUCAUCUGGGUUAAACUCACUGCUCUCUGAAGAUGGCUUCCCACACUGCCUUAUCCUGCCACCGUAUUCCCAAGAAGACUACAAUUAUGGUGUUCAGACACAUACGCUCGUGGAUGCAGAAGAACCGAGCUGUGAUAGAGAAGAUGAUACUCUGGACGAUGUGGAACCCUUGUCCUCCUCUGAGCCCAGUGCCUUUACUCUGCUUGGUCAGUCCAUCAUGAGACAGAGUUACGUUAGCGCCCUCAUCAUCAUGAUGGUAUGGAGUAUCACUUACAAUUCAUGGCUCACUUUUGUCAUGUUGGUUUGGUCUUGUGUGAUCUGGAUGUCGAAGCGCCGGCGGCAGUACACCAUGAUCAGUGCUCCGUUUCUGGCUGUCUACUGUACCCUGCUGCUGGUGGCCGGGUUUAUUAGUGUUCUGCGUCUACAUCAUGAUGAGCUUUUUCCUACUCUUCCUGUGACGGUCCUUAUUGACUUCGAUCUCUUUGGCUAUAAAACACCCUGUCUGCACCUCGGAGCAAAGAUGAUUUAUGCAUUUAAUUUCUGGAUGUUGCUGAAACAACAGCUGAUUGAAAAACAAGAAGAGCAACAGCAGAAAGAGCAGAGUCUUGAGAGUCUCGAGGAGGUCAAAACUAAAACAGAUGCAAGCGAGUCGUCCAGGUUGGUGAAUAUAUUAGGAGCGUUCAUUAAAGGAACUCUUGUAAAGUACUGGAUCUUCUGCUGCUGCUCAAUGUUCUUCAUCAUCAGCUUCUCUGGGAAAGUAGUCGUCUACAAAAUUCUUUACAUCUGCCUUUUCCUCUUCUGCACUGUGCUCUACCAGGUGAAUUAUGGAGUGUGGCGUCGUGUUCUAAAGUAUUUCUGGGCCGUGGUGGUUGGUUAUUCCAUGCUGGUAUUGAUCCUGAUUUACAUGUACCAGUUUAAGACUGUAUCAGGCCUGUUUCGUCAAAUUAUAGGGAUGUCAGAAGAGGGGCUGCGGGAUCUGGGGCUAGAGCAGUUUGACAUGGUGGAGUUAUUUGCACAGAUAUUACUUCCUGCUGCCUUUCUUCUGGCCUGCAUCCUACAGCUGCACUACUUCAACAGUGACUUUCUCACUCUGACAGACCUACAGAACGUACCUGUGCGUAAUGCGUUAACCAGAGAGGAAGAACUGAGAGUCACACUGAAUAUGUUAUCAGACACGAUAAAAGGAAACAUAGAGAAAUUCAAAAAGCGGCUGGUAAAGGAGCAGCUGAGUGGAGAGGGAGAAGAUCUGAUGGAUAACUCAGUACAAAACCCCUCAUCAGCCAGUGAACAGGAACAAGAGACAGAAGCGGAGGAACCAGCAGUAAACCAGUGGUUUCUGGUGGUGGAUCGGGUUUGUGAGUUAAUGCUGCAGGUUCUGCUGUGGUGGAGCAGAGGUCAAGAACUUUGCUGGAGAUUAUUGGAGCUCCACAGCCUCAAACUUGUUGCUACGGGUAUCAUCUGGGUCAGCUUGAAGGAGGUUUCUCUAAUGAACCUUCUGUUUCUGGUGUUGUGGACAUUUGCUGUGCCGUACUCAAGUUUGCGACCAGUGGCGUCCACUGUGUCCUCCGUAUGGGCGUGUGUGAUGGUUGUGUGUAAAAUGAUGUAUCAACUGAAAUUCAUCAAACCUCCCGAGUACUCCCUUAACUGCACCUCUGGUUUGCUGAUCUCUAAAGGAAACUGGUACAGUUGGAACAUGGCUGAGCUUCUGCAGAAGUCAGUUUUAUAUGUGGAACCGGUUGACCCAUCUUUGUGGGUAGGGGGUCUGAGAAAGUGUGAAGAUGCAAUCCUCCCCUGCCUACGGAAACAUCUCUUCAUAUUGGGCCUCCUUGUGUUUGACGUCACUGUCCAUCGUCACCAGCUCUUCCAUUGUCUCCAUAAUGAUAUAAAGCCCCCUCCAAAAGGUGUUAUUUUCCAGAAUGUGACCUGGCAGCAGCUGGACCAUGGAGUGCUGCCAUGCCUGAAAUACUUCUGCAAUUAUUUCUUUUACAAAUUCGGCCUGGAGAUGUCUUUUGUGGUGGCGGUGAAUGUCAUUGGCCAGAGGAUGGACUUUUACGCCCUCCUGCACUCCUUUGCUUUGAUCGUGGUUUUGUCACGUCGUCGCAGGAAGGCCAUUGGGGAGGUGUGGCCAAAAUAUUGCUGCUUUACAGCAAGUUUAAUGGUUUUCCAGUACAUUCUCUGUAUCGGCCUGCCUCCUGCGCUCUGUGUUGAUUAUCCCUGGAGGAAAUCUACUGCUGCUUUCUCCUCUAAUCUGAUAAAGUGGCUAUAUCUGCCAGACUUUGCCAUGCAGCCGAACCCCACCUUCAUCCUCUAUGAUUUCAUGCUAUUGCUGGCAGCCUCUCUGCAGUGGCAGGUGUUUGAAGAUGAAAAUAAAGCCUCUGUGAGACUCUUGGCAGGAGAAAAUGUGGAGAUUAGUAGAAGCCUAGACCCUCGGUCCCUUAAUCAGUACACUUCAGUUGGCAACUUCCUACACUGCAGAUCGUAUCUUGACAUGGCAAAGGUUUUUGUAUUCAGCUACUUUUUCUGGAUGGUGUUGUGUCUUGUUUUUAUCACUGGAACCACACGUAUUAACAUCUUCUGCCUGGGCUACUUGGUGGGCUGCUUCUACUUCAUGCUAUUUGGAGACACUGUGCUGCUACAACCUGUACGAUAUAUACUUAGACUAUGGGAUUAUCUUAUUGCCUACACCUCUGUGGUCAUUUGCCUGAAGAACUUGCUUUCUCUGGGCUCCUGUGCUUAUCUGGACAGUUUACUGAAGAAUAGCUGUUGGCUCAUUCAAGCUUUCAGCAUGUUCUGCACUAUCAAAGGCUACGAUGUGCCUGAACCUGAUGAUAAGUGUGAGUUGCCAGUGGGGGAGGCUGGGAUUGUGUGGGAUGCGAUUUGUUUUACAGUGCUGUUGGCUCAAAGGAGGAUAUUCCUCAGCUACUACUUCCUGUAUGUUGUAGCUGAUCUUAGAGCUUCAAAAAUCCUUGCUUCCAGGGGUGCAGAGCUGUUUGAAGCCAAAGUUAAGAAACGUGUGGCAGCCAGACUAGAGAUGGAGAAGAAGUCUGUGGAACUUCUGAAGAAAGACAUGGAGAAAAUAAAGUCAAAACAAAGAAGCCAACCAGCACAGGAGCCUCAGCACCAAAGUGACACAGAACCGAAAGAGGACAAUCCCCAAGAAAAUUGGAUGAAGCCGUGGGUCUCUCGCCCCUCAGUCUGGGACUCCUGUGGUUAUCGUCUUUUUGAAAGUGACAGUGAGGAAGAGGAUUGUGUCCCGCCAGAGGAUAAGAAAGAGGAUGAGCCUGUGCCAAAGAAAAAAUCAGCCCUUCAGUUGGUGUAUGAAGCUUGGGUCGCAGGAUCCAAGGCAGCUCUUAAAGGACAUGAAAGAGAGGAAGCUCAGCUGAAGAAAGCUGAGAAGAAGAGAGCCAGGAGAGAAUUACGCAAGGAGCAAGGUAUAGAAAGAGUUGAGUCCAGUGAGGAUGAGUUGGAGGAGCCCAUCUCUGAACCAGAAGAGCAGGAGAAAGAGCACAUCUCUCAGCGGAUCAUCGAUUUCCUGAAGUUCAGCUGGAUCUUCCUUCUCUCCCUCAUCGAUGACAUGACAGCAGGCCUAAAUUCAUUCUGUAAAGAUAAUCUGGACAUCUCCAGGGUGCUGUGCUUGGAAAGGGCACUACUGGGCCUACAGCAGAACAAGGGCCGGGAGGUGACCCACGACAGCAUUCUUCAGUACUAUCAGAACCGACUCUCCAGACAGAACACACAGACGUUGCUGGAUGAGGAGGAGCUGGUUGCAGCGGCUCCGUCACCUCCACCGUUGCCUACCACUGCUCAUGGCUAUAACAAGUUUAAGAACUCAAAGCUCUCCUGGAGCAGCAGCAUCUCCAGCUGCUUCACUGAAGAGACAAUACUGAUGUCACGUCAGCCUACUCAGGACGACAUUGAUGAACCCUGUUCAGUUUCCCCCAAAACGGAUCAACACUUCUCUCAGGCCUCUGCUCACCAGCUACGCCGAAAACUUCUCAAAUGUGCUAAUGUAGAUAUGACUUCCUUCGACCAAGAGAGUCCUCUGGCAGAUCAUGAAGAACCUACUCCUGAAAGAGACGAGGAUGAAGAAGCAGAAGAUGAACCCUGUAGUGAAGGUGAAAAAAAGGAUGAAGAUGACGAAGAAAGAGAUGAAUGCGAAGUCGAGGAGAAAGAAGAAGAUCAGUUUGAAACUAAACGAGUUUUGUCUGCAUCGUUAUCGCUGGAUUCUCUGGCCUUGGAGGUUAAGACUGAAAACAUUCCAGAACCUCAGCCACUCAGUCAGGAGACCAGAGCCCUCACUGCCAGUGAACUGCUGCUUAACAAUAUGUUUCAGAUCCCUGAGAUUGAAGAAUCUGACAAGUUCUAUCACUCCCUGCCGCGGCACCUGCAGCUCUUCUUUGCUCUCUACAACACCAUGGUGUCCCAGUCAGAGAUGCUCUGCUACUUUGUCAUCAUCCUCAACCACAUAGUGUCUGCCUCCCUGCUCACACUCUUCCUCCCCAUCCUCAUCUUCCUCUGGGCCAUGAUGUCUGUGCCUCGGCCCACCAAAAGAUUCUGGAUGACGGCCAUCAUCUACACAGAGAUCACUGUUGUAGUGAAGUACUUUUUCCAGUUUGGUUUCUUCCCGUGGACUUCCUCUGCAUAUCGGGGGAUUAAUGCAGAGCGUCCAUUCGCCCUGCCCAACAUAGUGGGAGUGGAGAAGAAAGAUGGCUACGUCCUUUUUGACCUUAUUCAGCUGCUCGCUCUUUUCUUCCAUCGCUCCAUUCUUAAGUGUCAUGGCCUUUGGGACAACAAGGAAGUAGAGAUGCCUGACUUCUUCAAAAAGCUAAAGAGGAAGACAGAAAAGAACAAGCAGAGUGGAGGAGCAAGAGGAGAGCAGGGGGAAAGAAGACGACGCCUUCGCUUUCUUCCACUCCAGACCUCCACCACCUCACUCUUUUGCCGUAAGAGAGGAGACGAGAGCUCUGAGAGCCAUGAUCUUGAGCAGGUAAGGCGGCGUCACUCAAAGAAGAAGAAGCGACAACACAAACCCCCUUUAUCCAGGAAAGAGCAGAUCAGACAGCGGGUCAGAGAGAGGCUGCUGGAAGCUAAGGCUGCGAUUAUAGAAGUCGCUCUACACAUUUACCUACCCAUCAGACAAUUCUUCUAUGACAUCAUCCAUCCCGAAUACAGCCCUGUGUGUGAUGUGUACGCUCUGAUGUUCUUGAUAGAUGUUGUAAACUUCAUUGUUAUUAUUUUCGGAUACUGGGCUUUUGGGAAGCACAGUGCUGCAGCUGAUAUCACUGAAUCUUUAUCAGAGGAUCAAGUCCCCGAGGCUUUCCUGGUCAUGCUCCUCAUCCAGUUUGGCACCAUGAUAGUGGACCGUGCACUCUACCUCCGUAAAACCCUGCUAGGAAAGUGUGUGUUUCAGGUGGUUCUGGUGUUUGGAAUACACUUCUGGAUGUUCUUUAUACUGCCGGGCGUCACUGAAAGGAGAUUUAACAGAAACCAGGUUGCACAGCUAUGGUACUUGGUAAAGUGUAUCUACUUUGGACUGUCAGCGUACCAGAUCAAAUGCGGCUACCCCAACCGAGUCCUCGGCAACUUCCUCACAAAGAACUACAACUAUCUCAACCUCUUUCUCUUUCAGGGAUUCCGGUUGGUCCCAUUUCUGACUGAGCUGCGGGCAGUGAUGGACUGGGUAUGGACGGAUACCACUCUCAGCCUGUCCAGCUGGAUCUGUUUAGAAGACAUCUAUGCAAACAUCUUUAUUCUCAAGUGCUGGAGGGAGUCUGAGAAGAAAUAUCCUCACACUCCGGGACAGAAAAAGAAGAAAGUGGUGAAGUACGGCAUGGGUGGCUUUAUCAUUUUCGCUCUCAUCUGCAUUGUGUGGUUUCCUCUGCUCUUCAUGUCACUGGUCAAGUCAGUUGCUGGCGUAACCAAUCAGCCUCUAGAUGUUUCCAUUCAGCUUAGCAUAGCGGGAUACGAGCCAUUGUUCACCAUGAGUGCACAAGAACAGAAUCUAGUGCCUUAUUCUGAAUCUUCGUACCAAAAGAUGACUAAUGUUUAUGCCACCCACCCGUCUGCAAUGCAGUUCAUUGUAAACUACAUGGCUGAGGACAUAGUGAUAGCGAAGGUUAAAAGUGAUGCCAGUCUGCUGUGGAGCAUCAGUCCAGCAAGCCGAGAAGCUAUGAUCCAGGAACUCAGCAAUUCUUCACACAUUUACAUCACACUGCGCUGGACCUUACUGAGAAAUGCAUCCCUGGUAAUGAAUGCAGAGACAGCUGGAGAACACACAGUGAAGUAUGAGGACCAAGAUCUUAAAGACAGUCUGGUACAGAUGCUCCAAGGGACACGCAGCAAGGCAGUGGUCAUUGAAAAUCUGCUGCCCAAAUUUAUCAGAGGAUCUUCUGGACCAGAGGCUAAAAUGGCACAUCGACUUAUUGUCGAGCACUCCAGUCGCCAAGAUGACGCACACCUAGCCUUCUUCCGUCCGCUGUCCAUCAAACUGCGACAAGCCAAUGGGAGUGAAGAUGGCCAAGGACGUCAGUGGUGGGUGGUGAGGGAGUGUACUGCUGGCUUUCCUCAGAUGAGAUGCAAUAACAUUGAGAUCAUAGUCUUCAAUGAUAAAGUCAGUCCGUCCAGCCUGGGCUUUCUUGCGGGACAUGGCAUCGUUGGGCUGUAUAUGUCGGUGGUGCUGGUGGUCGGUAAGUUUGUGCGAGAGUUCUUUAACGGAAUAUCUCGCUCCAUCAUGUUUGAGGAGCUACCCAAUGUGGACCGGGUGCUGAAACUCUGCACUGACAUCUUUGUUGUCCGGGAGACGGGUGAGAUGGAGCUGGAGGAGCAACUGUUUGAGAAACUUAUCUUCUUAUACCGCUCUCCGGAAACCAUGAUCAAAAUGACAAGAGAAAAGAAAAACGACUGAUCUUUUUUAUUUGGAACUUUAUGACAAUUUAAGACUGUUUCCUUCUGACUACCUCCUAAUGGAAUCGGAGCUUUCCUGAACAUUUUUGACAUUUACUUACAGAAGCUGUCCAAAAAUUCAACUACACCUCACAUCUACAGGUGGAGUACUGUAGUAAAACUGCGGGUAUGAUUUUAUAACUAGUUAUUAGAUGACCAAAAUGCUGAGUGUUAUCAAACUUGGCCUUUAAAUUGCAUGAAUAUCUUUACACUGUAAUGUAAUGGUGGAACACUAGCUAUACAGCGCACGAGUCUUUAUUUAAUUUGUUUCUAAUCUUACUAUUUAAUUAUGAAUUUAGGAGAACAAAAGGUGGCACAUACGCUUUAUGGAAUGUGUUUAUAUAUGGACAUUUCUCACAACAAGUCCUCACACUUCACAAAACUUCACUUGGAAGCAUGAGUUUACACAUAGAUGUUGGAAAGUGUGCAUGCAUGUUGCCUACUGGCUUAAAAGAGAAAUUAUGAUUAUGUUCCACACACUUGAUUCAAUAUGGAGAACUAAUAAGACAUUUCCUCUUUUCUUUACAUGAUUUUGCCUCAGUGAACCAUUUUAAAAUGAUUUUUAAAAAUUUCUGUAUAACUUAAAUAAUAAAUUAUUCUCAGUUCUUACACAAAAUUUAAGUACCUGGGAUUAUGUUUUCUUCUUUUAUCAAUUUUAGUAGUCAGUAUGUUUAAGGAUGCUGUAACGUUCUUGUGCCGUGUCCUCCUCUUCUGUCUUCUUCUAAGGAAAGCACAUGGCUCUCUUUGUUGUUUUCCUUGUCUCCGCCCCAUCUUCAGUGCUCCCACAUGUCAUUUGUUGCUCCGCCCCCUCGUUACCUGUCCCUAGGUGUUUCCUGUUUUAUAUCCCCUUCCAUCUCUAUAUAGCCCCUUUGUUUCAGUGUUCCCUCUGUCGGUUCUUGUGCGUCCUAACGUCGGUCAGGUUGCUCGUUCUAUGUCUCCGUAUAUUUUUUGUUUUUGUUAAUUAGUCCUGUUUGUUUAUUCAUCCUGAUUUUGUGUUUAUUUCUUUGGUUUAUUACUGUUUCAUUAAAUAUAUACAUGCAUUUG